GGACUUCAGAUCGUUCCGCAAUGGCUUCCAAGACGGUAGGCAAACUGGCCGUUCCGAAGAUUCGCAGGACAGUACUUCCUCGCCCAGUGGGAUCGUGGUUCGCUUUGACCUGGCCACCUUUAGCAUCGUGGAGUCCUUGGAUCUGACAAACAGUGGUGCCAACUUUGAGUACAAACAGUUCAUGGACGGCUUCACCAACUACAAGUAUGGUUUCCUGGUCCCUGAGCAGAGCUACAAGAAGUUUGUGCGCUUCUCCCUCUCAAGCUUCGAUACAGCAUCUGUGACAGCAGCAGAUCUGUCGAGUGUCUCAGGGAGCUUUGUGAAAGGUCUGGUACGAGUGCGCUAUGGCUAUUUGGUGGUGAGUGAUGGAACCGUUGUGAAGAUCCACCUGGAGUCGAUGAGCCAUGAGACGCUGACUCCAGCAAGCGGACAGACACUGUGGAGUGGUCUGGUGGAUAGCAGUGGCAAUUUGUGGGGUCUUGCAGCGACAAACAGCUACAAAGAUUUCUACGCGCUUUGCCAGG